AGUUGCCGGGAGGAGGAGAAGUUUGUCCGUGCUGGCUUACCAUCCGUCCCCCUGGCAGCUUUGUUUCAUUGACAAAAACAGGGAAGAGUUUCCAGCAUAUCUGAACGCGGUUUGUUGUCGGCGCAUCGCUUCAUUCGUCGCUUUUUCACUCAUGACUGACCACAAAAACGCACUUUAAUGAGGAUUUAUUGAUUUCGAAUAGACUGACUGCUCAACAAGUACAGCUAAUUCAGGACUUCGACGUUUUACAAGAGUUACCGGGAAAGUUGUCAGCUGGACACUCAGGAUCCUCCUGUCCAGUCUAGAUUGAGGCCCACAGGACGAUCAGCCUUGGUUGCAGGUUGUUUUGCUGGGGCCAUGAGGAGUCAUGGCGGAGCUGGAGGUGGACCAGAGUAGCUUGCCCAAGGUUGAGGAGGUGUGCCAGUGUUUUGCGGUGCUGGAGGAUGGCGCAUUAGCACAUAACUUACAGGAGCAGGAAAUUGAACAGUACUACAGCUCAAAUGUGCAGAGGAGUCAGCUGGUUCAGAAUGACAUCCGUGUAGCCAAGAGGCUGCAAGACGAGGAACAGCUAAGAGCCCAUGUGCUCCAUCGCCAGGCUACGCAGCAGUUGGAAGAGCAGGAUUCAGAAUAUGCCCGCAGGAUUCAGGAGGAGCUCCAGCGAUGUGCAGAAGAAGCUCGUAGGAGGGAGGAAGAGGAUGAGGAAAUAGCAAAGCGAAUCCAGGAAGAGGAAGAGUUGCUUGUGAGACAGCGGACAAGCUGCCAAAGGACAGAGAGAGCAGAGAACACCGCCAUCCCUGCCCUUCGAAAUGCACUUCAGCCUGCUCGCCCCCUCGUCAGCAAGGAGGAAGAGCAAGAGCGGUAUGACUGGGCUUCACACAGCAGGCCCUACUCUCCCUCUCCCUCCACCUCAGACUAUGAGGAGGACCACUGUGAACGCAGGAGGCAUGUUUCACAGGACUACGGUGACGGUUUCAAACAGAGACAUCGACCCGGCCAUGAGCCACCUCGCAGAAACCAUUUGGGACAGGAAUGCAGGAGCUCUGUAAGUCAAAGCAGCCAUUUAGGAGAGGAACGCAGGAGCUCUGUAAGUCAGAGCAGCCACUUAGAAGAGGACCGCAAGAGCUCUAUAAGCCAAAGUAGCAGGACUGGCCGCUUUCAGGGUGGAUGGGGCGAUGUUGUCCAGCUCAUAAAGAACGACUUGAGCGAACAGGGCUACCUGAGCUGCAGUUCCGAUGAUGAACUCUUCGAACCUGUCUACAGGCUCGAGAGAAUCUUCAGUCAGCGCAGGCAGGCCCCAGAUCAGCAUGGUGGCCGGGAUAAGAGACUGAGCCGCCAUAGUAGUGUGAGGGAGGCUACCAGCAGAAUGUGGCAAGGCGAACGUGUGAGCAGGACACAAAGUUUUAGGGGCUCAGAAUACAGCGACAGCAGAAGUUUGAGGUCAGAGGAAAGGCAAGUAAGGCGCUAUAACAGUAGCUGUAGCGACUCCAGGCCAGGAGAUGGCCAAAGACAUGUCCACUUUCAGGAUGACGCAAGGGGCCAUAACAGGUAUAACAAGAGUCAAAGAGCGUUUGAAGGCAGCCAUGGUGGCACCAGAGAGCGAGAAUUAGGGAGCUGCACUGUGGGUUCCUAUCCGGUAAGGGGUUAUAGUCAAGUGUACCUCACCACUGCUAAUGGUGUCCAGUAUCAAACUCAUCCUCAGGGUUUUCAGCAGAGCGCUCAGGUGAGGAAUAUCCGCCGCGGAGAUUUCCAGGUAGGCAGUAGAGCAAGAUAUAACUAUGGUGAGUUCCAGCAGGUUAAUGGAGUCAAGUACUUUGAAAACUCCCCAUCACAGGAGUCUAGAGUAAGAGAGGAGGAGGAAGAGUGGGAAAGAGACAGCCGCAGGGUUCGAGGGGAGCACAGGCGAAGAGCACACUCCCUCAGGGAGGAGAGGGUAUGGCAGGCUACGGAAAUCAAACAUUACCAUGGGAACCGUAGGGAAAGACGGGUUUGGCAGGGUGAGGAGGAGAGCUCAAGUACUGAAGAGGAGGAGGAGGAGAGGGAAAGGAGGAGAGAGGAGAGAAGGGUGCGGAGACUCUCCCAGCGCAGCCUCAGUCUGGCCUGCAGAGGGCGCUCUCCCAGAGCAGGGUCUGUGCUAAGGAGGGAUGGAGCCUCUCUGGACCUGGGGGAGCUGGAGCAAGUCCUGUUGGAUGAAGAAUUGGCUCGCAGGCUUCAAGAACAGGAAGAGAAAUUGCUUAGAGGCGUUCCUCAGUCAACCUCUCAUAUCCAGAGAUCUUACCCGGAAGGAGAUUUCAGAGUAGCACAGGUUGCUCAAGACGAGGAGAUUGCUCGCUUCAUGCAAAAGCAAGAGAUAAGGGCAAAGCAGCAGUCUCAAGAGCUGGACGAGUGCGGAACAGGACGGGAGUACAGACAGAUGACUAACGCGUAUGAUGAUAGCGCUGACUAUGAAAGACAGGUGCAGAGAGACAGACUAGACUCGGAGGGACUUCUCUCUCCUACUGAGGAAUGCUCCCCAGAAUAUCAACCCCCUAGCCCCAUCGCCAUGGCCACGCAGCAGCACCAAUAUAGGAAUAUAGCAGAGGAACUAGAUCCAACCUUUCACAGGAAGGAGAACCUGGCAAGACAGAAUAUUUCAGCGCCCUGCCAAAUCCAAGACACUCCAGAAGCAGGUUCACUUGAUCUCAUGGGGGAACCUACAUUUGUUCCACCUACGAAGCGGCACGGUGACAAGACUGUACGAGUUAAGUCCAAAGAAAAAAAGGAACACAGUAAACCAAAGGAAAACUGUAAACAGCAGUGAUGUUGACGAGGUCAAUGUCCCCCUACAGUGGUGUUGUUCAUAGUAAUACUUCACACAAACCCAGCACACUUCUGCCUACUUAAACAAUAGAUAACAAAGGCAUGUUUCAGGGGUUUUCCAAUCCUUUAGUUCCAUUUUCUUUGGUAGAUGUGGGGACAGUUGACCCUCAAACUAUUAAUGGAGUCAGCAUGCCAAGGAGGCCCCAGUAAUGCAAAGGAGGCACUCCACAGGGGCAUAAAUCUACACAAACGUCAACUUCCUUGUCAAUGAUAUUCCCAUGUACUUUUGUCUUAGUCAUUUUUCGUUUCAUUUUUAUCUGUUCCUCUGAGCAGCUGGCAGCGAUAGGGGGGCCUGGUGCCGCAGGGAAUGCUUCAACUAGUACUGCUAUCCAUUUUAGUUUUGAUUUCUGAGAAGCAAAAAUAAGACCGUCUUUAAUAGACAGCUGCUUUUUCUUGGCUCACUGGUGUUCUCAGAAAAUCAUUUUUCAGUUACUGAGAAGCAUUUAACAGAAUUCAUAGGUUGCAGUAAUCUCUCCCACUGAACCAGUUUUCUUAUCAUUUCCCCAUGUACUUCCUGCCCACGUUGUUUAAGCAAUUUUUCCUGUUAUUCUUAUAUUACUUUUCCAUCUCAUGUACAGGAACCAUGUCUUGCCACAUUGUAUAGUUUGUAAAAAAAAAAAAGGAAGCGUAUGUUUCACU